UAAAGCGAACCGAUGUCGUUUCCUAUUCCCUCCAACGCGACGCUGCAGCAUAUUGUUAUCCUUCCAGCACACUCCGUCGGAUAGUACCAUUAUUGUUGACGGUUUCCGAAUAUGAAACUACGUCUCGUGUUCCUCGUCUUCGUCCUGAUCACAGGAUACCGACCGCGGCCGGCCAACGACUUCGCCACUGCAGCCGCCUCGUCUGCCCCGUCCGCCAUUUCGGACUUGGUCACCGGACGCGCCUCUUCGUGCAACGAUCUUAAGACCGCGGUCUUGAGGUGCAAGACGACCGCCGCCUCUUCUACCGCCAGUGGCGGCAGGGGCGACGGUGCUUACGGCGAGGCCGUGCUAGUACCGUCGGAUCGCGGGGACGACGACGUCUCGCGAUCGUCGUCACUGACGAUCGAUCGAUCUCAGCGGCUGCUGGACGAUUCGGACGGUCGGCGGAAGAGGCGGCGUCGGUGGUCUCGGGUCGACGACACGCAGCCGACGGCUGGUUACCGACGGGCGGUGGUCGAACGGCAACGACCGAGGACCAAGCGGAAGACCAUCGAGGACAUGAUAUUGUACGGCAUUUUUUUUUUCAUCGAAAAACUGGAGCUGACCGUGUACCUGUCGCUGUACAAAAUCCAACUGCUCUACACCGCGUUUGUCGCGCCUCUGUUAUCGUGACCACGCGCAUCAGCCGUCGAGACUGUUGCUGACGUUCAUUGUUGUUGUUCGACUGUCUCGCUGUCGUUUCCGAUGUCGCCACUAUAAAUACGACAAUAUCGUUUUCGUCGUUACCAACGCCACUGUUGGUACCGAUGUAACGUAACAAUUAUACAUUGCAAUAACAUAUAGGUAUAUACAAAGGCGGAACUAGAGGAAGGAAGACGGGGAUUCAU